GACGUACAAGUGAGAUGUCCGUAUUAUCGUAAAUUCGUAAUUUUUACGGAUUGUCUUAGUUUUGCAUUAUAAUUUCUUGUUCACGUUGUAUAAAACUGUUUAAUAUAUUCGAUUAUUAAAAUGGAUAAAAGGAAGCUAUCGACUGCGGGGGACAGCCUGUAUCAAAUACUGCAAGUCCCAAAAACGGCAACUCAAGAUGAUGUCAAGAAAAGCUAUCGGAAAUUAGCGUUAAAAUAUCAUCCCGACAAAAAUCCUAACAAUCCUGAAGCUGCCGAGAAAUUCAAGGAAGUAAAUCGUGCACAUACUAUUCUAAGCGACGCCACGAAACGAAAUAUAUAUGAUAAUUACGGAUCUCUUGGUCUUUACAUUGCUGAGCAAUUCGGCGAAGAAAAUGUCAACGCCUAUUUCGUAGUGACAAGCACUUGGUGCAAGGCCCUGUUUAUUGUUUGCGGCAUUUUGACCGGAUGUUACUUCUGUUGCUGUCUCUGCUGUUGUUGCAAUUGCUGCUGUGGCAAGUGUAAACCACGUCCGCCUGAAGAGUCUGGUGAUUAUCACACACUGGAGCGGGAUGAUUCAGAUGGCGUGCAAGCCGUGACUGUGCAGCCGGGUGGAGAAGGCCGCCCCAAGGGUGAUCAGGCGCCUCCCAUUGCUAUGCCCGCCCCUCCUCCUGCUGGAGCUUCAGAAAACACUGGUUUGAACACAGGAAGCAGUAUUCCAAAAUACACAUGAAGUAUUUACAACUAGUCUAACAUUAUUUGUAAGAGAAAAGAGGAAUGUACUCGUAUAACCACCAACAUGAACAUAG